AUGGUGGCCCAUCCCAUUGAGCGCGAGUAUGCCGAUGCGCUGGGCCUCUGGGGCUGGAUCUGCCUGGUCGCGCGCGCCGCCGCUCUCACGUUUUUCCUUGCCGUGAAGUUCGUCAAGGCCGUCGUUGGCGGCAAGGCCCGCCGCCAUGGCCAGACGGUGUACAAGUACACGGCCCUCGAGGGCAUGCGCGAUUACCAAUACGGCCUCAGCGCCGUCCGCGUCCAGAACCUGCUGCCCUCGACGAAAUGGCUCGCCCGCCGGUUUGCCAGGCGCAACAAGCUGCCCUUUGCGCUGAUCCACCUCAGCGACGGCACGACAGCCGCUGUGCUUGGGCCGAAGGCGGAGAAAACGGAGAAAACGGAGAAAACGGAGAAAACGGAGAGAACGGAGAGAACGGCGGAGACAGCAAAGGGGGCAAAGAGGGCGCAGAGAGCGCAGAGGGCAAAGAAGGCAACCGGGGCAAACACGGCAAACACAGCCUCUACGGUGCCGGCCCAAGCGUCGUCCUCAGCACCCCGUCGAGCCGUCGUCGUGUUCCACGGCGGCGGCUACAUGGCGCCCGCCCUCAGCAAGCACAUCCACUUGGCGUGCGGCUUCAGCAAGACCCUCCCCGACAACGUCGCCGUCUACAUCCUGCAGUACGGCCUCGCCUCCGAGACCGCCAACCAGUACCCGCGCCAGCUCCAGCAGGCCGCCGUCCUCCUCGACUACCUAUUGACCGCGGAGAACUACCCGCCCUCGGCCAUCACGCUUGUCGGCGACUCCGCCGGCGGCCACCUGGCGCUCAGUCUGCUCCUGCACCUGGCCCAUCCCGACCCGCAGGUGCCCGCCGUCACGCUGCCAGACGGUGCGCGCCUCGCCGGUGCCGCCCUGCUCUCGCCCUGGAUGAUCACGCGCGCCCGCAGCGAGGGCCUCGUCCGGGCCAACGAGGCCAAGGACGUGCUGUAUGCCGCCGCGCUCGACGCCUGGGCGCAGAACUUCCUGGGCCCGGUCGACGCGAGCGAAAACAAGGACAAGGCGGAUGCUGCCGCGGCAGACAAGGGUUCGCCUUGGAGCUGCCCCCUGACGAUGCCCGACCGGUGGCUGGCGGACUUGCCCGUGGACGACCUGUUUGUCACCUAUGGCGAGGACGAAGUGCUGGCCGGCAACAUUGCCCAGUUCUGCACGGCACUGUGCCGCGCGCGCAAGCCCCUUCCUGGCGUCAAGACCGCGGCCAAAGGCUACGCCAACGAGCUGCACGUCCACAUGGUCAUGAACCGUUUCCUGAUGCUCGGCGAGACGUGCCUGUCCGAAGAAGAGUUCAAGGCAUGGUACGCCACCCAGUUGGAGGCGCCUCUACGGUCGCCUUCACCUCCAGCAUCGUCGCACGAUGCAGUCGAGGUCGCCAGCAGAUAG